AAUUGCGAAAAUAUUUAUGAAUUUCGAUUUGCGAUUCGAUACAGAUUGUUGUUUUAAUAAAAGUAUAACGUCAACGUGAGAAAUUUGUCUGAAUUGGUUUUUUGAAAUAGUAAGAAAGUUUACAACGUAAAAGUGCGCUAUUUUUCGACGUGUAUUCGUUUCGGUGUCGACAUUCCGUUCGGUUAUUCGCAGUUUUUAACUUUCUUGAGUUGUGUGACGAAAAGAAUACAUAAAUUCAGGUCGCAGAAAUAACUUUCUGUGAAAAGAUCGUUUAAGUGAAACUAAAACGCAAUUAAAAUAACAUCCACGUGCAGCUGAGGGAUUUUUACUAUUAGGACAUAAUUAGUGCCGACAACAUAACACGUCGUCUUGAACGCUGCUUUUAUUAUAAGGCAAUCGCUAUGCUUUCCUCGGAAGAAGCCAGUAAAUUACUGGAUUUCUCUCAAAAGUUAGACAUUAGUCUACUUGAUCGCAUAGUAGAAUGUUUGUAUACUUCGCAAGGGGAUCAACUCCGCUUGGCUCAAGAUAUACUAACUACGCUGAAAGAACAUCCAGAUGCCUGGACUCGGGUGGAUAGUAUUUUAGAAUUUUCUCAAAAUCAACAAACAAAAUUCUACGCAUUACAAAUUCUGGAGGAAGUAAUAAAAACUCGUUGGAAAAUAUUGCCGCGUAAUCAAUGCGAAGGGAUUAAAAAGUACGUUGUUGGACUUAUCAUAAAGACUUCUUCAGAUGCAGCCACAAUGGAAGCGAAUAAAGUUUAUUUGAAUAAGCUAAACAUAAUACUGGUACAAAUAUUGAAGCGAGAAUGGCCGCGCAAUUGGGAAACGUUCAUUAGUGAUAUUGUAGGUGCUUCGAAAACUAAUGAAAGUUUAUGCAAGAACAAUAUGGUUAUAUUAAAGAAUCUCAGCGAAGAGGUUUUUGACUUCUCGUCUGGUCAAAUCACGCAGACAAAAGCGAAACAUUUAAAGGAUACAAUGUGCUCAGAAUUCUCGCAGGUAUUCCAACUAUGUUCGUUUGUGCUUGAAAGUAGUAUGAACGCUCCGCUUAUUCAAGUCACUUUGGAGACAUUAUUACGUUUCCUGAAUUGGAUUCCACUGGGUUACAUUUUCGAGACUUCGCUGAUUGACACUUUGAUAUUUAAAUUUCUGAGUGUUCCGAUGUUUCGUAAUGUAACCCUUAAGUGCCUGUCGGAGAUUGCCGGUCUCACGGUACCCGAUUAUAAUGAAAAUUUCAUUAAUCUCUUUAAAGAGACAAUGACCCAAUUAAAUUUGAUGAUCAGCACGACCACCAAUAUGAAUCAUAUUUAUGCAAAUGGCAAUGAUACGGAACAAAUAUUUGUCCAAAAUCUCGCUAUGUUCUUAUGCACGUUUUUAAAAGAGCAUGGCAAACUCGUUGAGGAUGUAAAAUAUAUUGAUUUUCUUAAUCAAGCACUGCUUUAUUUAGUUAUGAUUUCGGAAGUUGAAGAUGUUGAAGUAUUUAAGAUUUGCCUCGAGUAUUGGAAUAGUUUGGUCGAAGAUCUUUAUAGCAGCGAGUCAUUUGGUGGCAACGCGAGCGUACAUCUCGGUCAGUCGGACGCCGUCUCGUUAGCCAAACGUAAUGCAGCAUUUCCGCGGCGCCGAUUCUACUCAAGCAUCCUAUCUAAAGUACGAUAUAUUAUGAUAUCGCGAAUGGCUAAACCAGAAGAAGUGCUCGUGGUUGAAAAUGAAAAUGGAGAAGUGGUGCGAGAAUUCAUGAAAGAUACGAAUGCCAUUAAUUUAUAUAAAAAUAUGCGUGAGACUCUCGUAUUUUUGACACAUUUAGACUAUGCGGAUACUGAACGUAUAAUGACUUUGAAACUUCUCAAUCAAGUAAAUGGAAGCGAGUUUUCUUGGAAAAACCUUAACACACUGUGUUGGGCAAUAGGCUCCAUAUCAGGUGCUUUUUGCGAAGAGGACGAAAAACGUUUUCUGGUCACUGUUAUUAAAGACUUGUUAGGAUUAUGCGAACAAAAGAAGGGCAAGGAUAAUAAGGCAAUUAUUGCAUCAAAUAUUAUGUAUGUCGUUGGACAAUAUCCGAGGUUCCUUCGUGCUCAUUGGAAAUUUCUAAAAACGGUUGUUAACAAACUUUUUGAAUUUAUGCACGAAACACAUGAUGGCGUUCAGGAUAUGGCCUGCGAUACGUUUAUUAAAAUCGCCAUCAAAUGCAGACGAUACUUUAUUACAAUGCAACCAAACGAGGUGUGCACAUUUAUUGAUGAAAUUCUCAGCACCAUGAGUACUAUCAUUUGCGAUUUGCAGCCGCAACAGGUGCAUACUUUUUACGAGGCUGUUGGCUAUAUGAUAUCUGCACAAAUGGAUCAAGUACAGCAAGAUGUGUUAAUUGAAAAGUAUAUGUUUUUGCCGAAUCAAGUAUGGGAUGAAAUCAUAUCUCGCGCAUCAAAAAACGUUGAUUUUCUUAAGAAUAUGACUGCCGUUAAGCAAUUGGGAAGUAUUCUCAAAACAAAUGUGGCCGCGUGUAAGGCUUUAGGUCACGCCUAUGUUAUUCAAUUGGGUCGGAUUUAUUUGGAUAUGUUAAAUGUUUAUAAAAUAACAUCGGAAAAUAUUAUUCAGGCUAUAGAAUUAAAUGGAGUCAACGUUAACAAUCAACCAUUAAUUAAAGCAAUGCAUGUAGUUAAAAAAGAAACAUUGAAUCUCAUCUCAGAAUGGGUGUCACGAUCAAACGAUAAUCAACUCGUAAUGGAUAAUUUUAUACCACCACUUCUGGAUGCGAUCCUUCUCGAUUACCAGCGCUGUAAAGUACCAUCGGCAAGAGAGCCGAAAGUUCUCAAUGCGAUGGCAACUAUUGUUCAUAAGCUACGUAAUCAUAUUACGAAUGAAGUACCAAAAGUUUUCGAUGCCGUUUUCGAAUGCACUUUAGAUAUGAUUAAUAAAAACUUUGAGGAUUAUCCCCAGCAUCGCAUAAGCUUCUACGAAUUGCUGCAGGCUGUUAAUGCACAUUGCUUUAAAGCUUUCCUUAAUAUACCACCAGCGCAAUUUAAAUUGGUCUUCGAUUCCGUGGUCUGGGCUUUUAAGCAUACCAUGCGUAAUGUUGCUGACAUAGGUCUUAACAUAUUAUUUAAAAUGUUACAAAACUUGACACAACAUCCUCAAGCUGCACAGAGUUUUUAUCAAACGUACUUUACCGAUAUAUUAAUGCAAAUAUUUUCUGUCGUUACUGAUACUUCGCAUACAGCGGGAUUAGGAAAUCAUGCCAUUAUAUUAGCGUACAUGUUUUCAUUGGUUGAAAAUAAUAAAAUCACCGUUAACCUUGGACCCAUACCCGAUAAUACAAUUUUCAUUCAGGAGUACGUGGCCUCAUUACUCAAAUCGGCAUUCAGUCAUUUAACGGAUAAUCAGAUUAAAGUCUUCGUUACCGGCCUUUUCAAUUUAGAUGAGAAUGUACAAGCAUUUAAGGAGCAUUUAAGAGAUUUUCUGAUUCAAAUUAGAGAAGUGACUGGUGAGGACGACUCUGACCUAUAUUUGGAGGAACGAGAAGCAGCACUACGAGAAGAGCAAGCCAACAAACUUCUUACACAACGUAAUAUACCAGGAAUGCUGAAUCCGCAUGAAUUGCCCGAGGACAUGCAGGAUGAAUAAGAAGCAUAUUUAUUAAAUUGCGUGGAUCAAAUAUAAGCAGUAAUAUUUUUGAAUAAUAUUUGACACUUAAAUAAUUCUAAAAUUUGUUUUUUUUUUAAAUGUUUUUCAAUUUUUUUUUUUUUUUUUUUUUUUUUUUAAUUAUUAUUUUUAUUUUCUAAGUAUGAAUGUAUAAGUAUGAAUGAAUCUACAUUAUGAAACGCUGUCAAAUAUAUAAUAAUUAGUUCAUUCUCUCCGCACCUUUCAUCAAUAUCUUUAACCACUCCAGCCUGCUAUGUUUGAUUGCAUAAAACUACAAUUAGUUUGUACAUUUACAUUACGUUAAAUAAAAACAAAAUAAUAAGAAUAAUUAAAAACAGAAAA